UGCGGGACACCAAACAAAGACGUCCGUUUCUUCAUCACUCCAGUUAGCAGACUUCAUUCCAAAUCAUGAAAAUGAGUUUCUUCGGCAAACUGAAGAACAUUGGUCCUCCAGCACCACCUAGAAGAACAGGCAACAAUGACGACUUUGGGUGGAAACAACAUGGAUUUUGGCAGGAGGAUGAAGAAGAAGAGGAGGAGAAUGACAUGUAUGAAGUUCCUCCGUGUGAGCGUCCGGCUGUUACCGUCCCGCCGAGACAAGUGGAAGAAAACGUUUAUAUGGAACGAACCUCCAGUGUGGUAGUCCCACAACGCUUAGCGACACCGGCAGCGUCAAGACUUGGUGGAAAAAUUCAGCAGAAACCUCAACAUGCUAAGGAGAAGAAACCACCCGAGGUGGACAGAAACGAGAAGCCUGGCAGGAAAAAGAUGACGCCUCCUCCUGCUCCCUUUCUUACGUCCACCGUCGAGGAAGAUGUAUACCUGGAUCCGAUUGAAGAACAGAGGGAUAACGACGACCUGUAUUUAGAACCAGCAGCUGCUUGCCCUCCGGCCCCUCGCGGCCUGAUGAAAAUAUCUUCAUCCACCAAGAUGGCACUCACGCAUUCGCCCAUGAUGAAGCCUCCACUUCCGAGAGCAAAGUCGAAUUCCUUCCUGCCUUCAUUGACAGAGGUCAAAUCAGCUUCUGGUGGUGGGAGGACAAGCAACAAAUCUGUGAAUGAGGACAAAGAAUGGUUUGCUGGUGAUUGCAACAGGAAAACAGCAGAGGAUCUUUUACUUAGAGUCAAUAAGGACGGCACCUUCCUCAUCCGACGCAGCUCGGCCCAGAACGCACGCCAACCUUUCACCCUGGCUGUGCUCUACCGUCAGAAGGUCUACAACAUUCCCGUCCGCUUCCUGGAGGAGAUGCAAGGCUUUGCUCUGGGAAAGGAGGGCAAGAAAAGUGAACAGGUUUUCACCAGCCUGGAGGAGAUAGUGACGCACCAUAAGAAGAACCAGCUCUAUUUGAUUGACAGCAAGAGCCAGGCCAAGCACCCAGUCUAUUUAUCUCACGCGGCACGCUGUUGACAUCACGUUUGACGCAAUCGGACACGAUCUUUAAACUGAAAAUGCUGUCACACUUUAUUGGACACCCAAAAAUUGCUUUCCACAGCAUUAAAUUGUAUCGAAGGGGACAUGUUAUGGAAAAUUGACUUGAAACGAGAAUGAAACUUUUCUAUAAAAUGUUCCCUUUAUAAUUUAGGAGGUAAUAAAACACAGCACAACGCAAGUCAAGUUUAUUUAUAUAGCCCUAAAUCACAAACAGUCUCAAAGGGCUUCACAUAGACAAACAAAUUGACAAUUAUUCUCAAAGCAUCCCCUGAUCUUAAGAUCCCAAAAGGGCAAAAACUAAAAAAAAAAAAAAAUACCAGGGGAAAAAUGAGAAACCUUGAGAAGCGAGGAUCCCCCUCACCAGGCUGCAAUGGAUGCAGAAAGGGCACAUUAAAUACAUAAUAUAAAAAAAUCAAUGAAAAAAAGCAUGUCCAAAUGUGUUCAUAAUUAAUUGCACCACUUAUAAAAGAAAAAUUGAUCAUACAAAUGUUUUUUUUCCCGACUAAAAACAUCACCAUGUGUUCCUUUCCUUUUUGUCUUUUCCUUUUUGUCAUGGUGGGAAAACGAGAAGCUCAAAUGAAUAGUUUGACCUGAUCCCCAGGCAGGCAUACUUCCAAAUAAACAGCAAAAGAGGUCGUCAGGAAGGAAGACUGUAAACAAACACAGAUAAAUCAGUGGGAGUGGCAGCAUCAUUAAAUCAUCCGGUCACAGCCAUGUUGUGUUUCUUUGCUUCGAGUGUCUCGGAGAGGAACAGAGCAACAGAAUGUCGCUUUAAUUAAAUGAAACGCUUGUGAGUUGUGAGGCUGCGGGAGUCUAAUUAUGAACACUUCCUGGGGGACACGACAAUCUGGCAGCUGGCAUUCUGUUCUGAUGACGUCAUGUCUAUUCCUCAAUAACAUCCCGUGAUCACUAUUGAUAAGAAG